UUAUUUUUAGUUGCACGAGUCUCUUUUAAACGUUACGAAUGACUUUAAUUUUGCUCUUGGAUGCUAACUGGGAAAUUCAUUAUGUGACAUGGGCAGACGUAAACCGGACUGGUGGUCGGAACAACAGCAACAGCGUCAGCAGCAGGACUUGCAGGAAGACGAUGGAUGUCCGAGAAACGCGGCCAACGCGAGGGAGAGGGCUCGGAUGCGGGUGUUAAGCAAGGCUUUCAGUCGGCUAAAAACUACGUUGCCGUGGGUGCCGGCCGACACCAAGCUGUCCAAGCUCGACACGCUUCGGUUGGCCACCACUUACAUAGCGCACCUGAGCUCGUUGCUCACGACUUCCAAUCAGUCAGCCGCGGACUCGGUGCACGCGUCGGUCACCCCGGACACGACCGUCACCUCGUCGUGUCCGCAAAACUUCGCUAUGACUUGGCCGUACAAUGUACACAACAGCGUAAAAGAAUGUUCAUCGUCUGAAGAUGACUACAGAUACAACUGUUAUAAUACACUGGAACAAAAACCCUAUUCUACUUAUGACACUUAUUAUACAUCAUCGAUAAAUUCGUGAAUUCAUAUUUUAUUAUUGACUUAUAAAAAAAAAAAAAAACUUGAAUAUA